CAACAAACUGGUUGGAGUUCGCUACCUUCACCUCCAGCACCACCGUGCCCCGCUCUCUUGCACGCAGCUCCCAACUUCAAGUGAAAGUGCUGUAAAGCACACAUUUUACGCAGCUGACAUUUUACGUAGCAUUUAUACGCAUUUGGGACAUUUAUUUGAGAUAAUCGAUAGUAAAUAUUUGCAAUCAAGUGUGUGUUUGUGUGCGUGUGUUUGUGUGAGUAUUUUACUUAUUUAAUGAAGAGUCAUGCAAGAUGGAGAUAAUUAACAAAUUUUAACAACAGCUACAAAGUUAAAGAUUCCGUCUAACUGCAACAUUGUGUCUUACAGCGGAAAGAGAAAGUUACCAAGAGAGGAAAGUUAGCAGCUGCUGCUCCAACGAGCUCGCUCAUCAACUAAUGCAACAAGAGGAGCCAAAUCCUUUUGCUCCUCGCCGAGGAACAACCGGUGUGGUGGUGGUGGUGGUAACAACCUCGUCGAAAGUAGACUUCUUCAACGGUCCAUUAUGGAGUUUGACAACCAACAACUGAGCAAUCCGAUCCCCACGUUCAAUUUCAUGUGGAGCUUUCCCAUGAUUGAUGAGCAUAACACCCAAAGUUCCCUCGAAGUCUUCAUCUACCACCCCGCCCAAAAUGUCAAUUUUAUUUCGCAACGCUAACCCGGACCUUGGUUUAAUCAAACCAACAUGGCCAUACGGUCGUAACCAGCAGAUUGAGGAUGCAACUUUGUGGGAAAUUUGCUUUCGAAGGUCUUGCGAAUAAAGUGUACCGUGCGAUAUUCAUCUGGAAGGAGGAAAUCUACAUUCAAUCCAUAUAAUGGCGAGACACCAUCAAAGCGGGGAACCAAAAAUCAUCAGUGACAGAGAUUCCCUGAUUGGAAUUUACUUGUUCAGCUUAUGAAAGGUUUGCCCCUGUGGUUUGAUUCUUUCUGAUGCAGACGUAAGCCUGACCGUUUUUUCGCCAGGAUGGUCACUUCUUUCCCCUUCAGGAGCAAAAUUAAGUGAAGUAGGACCUUUGUAGUUUGUCGGAGGUACAUAUGCUUCAUAGAUCUCCGGAGCCGAUGAAAAUGAGCAUGCAACAGGAGUCGUAGUAUAGGCAACAGGAACAAGCGCCGUCGAAGGAACUCCAGAAGGAGGAACAGUCUUGACUCUGGACCUCUUCUCCGCCGGAGACUUUUCUGCAAUUAAUAGCAAUGAAAAUUUAAAACUUAAAUCAACUUUUUUGAUUUUAACAACUGGCGCCAGUUUCUUUGAUUUUGUUGCAGGUUCCUUUCCCUUUGAUUUAGGCGCUGCAAACAACUCAAGUAAACUCCACAAGUUUGUGCCCUGAACAAAAUCAGGAUCCUCUUCUGGCUCAGAUGGAGAAUCAUCAUCGUCCUCCUCCUCGUCUUCUUCCUCCUCAUCCUCAUCAGUGAAAGGUCCGCUCGGUUCUUCCUCAUCGUCCUCUACGACGAAACCAGCAUCAAUGACAUCAGGCUGCCGACGAUGAGAAAGAAAGAAAGCUCGUGCCUCCUCAGACUCUCGACUUCCUGGCUUCGCAUCCUCUAACAUUUUUCGUGCUCUUGCCACUGCAUUUAUUCCAGCUAUAAUUUAAAAUAUUGGAAAACUUACCCUGCGACAUUUCGGAGUUUGUAAAGUUUUUUUCUUAUUUGGAAAUCCUUUGCACUUAAUGUUGAAACAACAACUAACCUGCUCAUUACUUUGUAAGUUGCUUUUAUACUCUUAAUAAUUUACAAAAAAUUCCCAGAUAAGUACAUACCGUAAAAAUUUAAUAACUCCCUAGGGAAUUACUAAUUGAAAUAUUUAGAAAAUAUGAAUAAUAGUGGUAAGCGGUAAUUAAUAUUUUUUACAGUAAUGGAGUUGAAGUGAUGCAUUUUUAGAAUACUCACUUCUGGAUAUAAACAACAUUUUGCGUCGCAUUUAUUACGGCAUCGGGAUGAAAACAAGAGAAGAUUAUGUCAAUACUGCACCAUGUCAUUCAGAUCGUCAAAAUUGUUGGAAGUACAUAUGAAUACUUAUCAUAGAUGUGAAUAUUGUGAAUUCACUGCCAACAUAUUUGAUCUUAUAGAGCAUAAUGAAGCUCAUAAAAGAGGAGUUAUAAAAAAGAUGAAAUUUGCUCAAAGAGGAAGAGGGGUGCAACUAAAUGCUUUCCCUUUCUCUGAAAUAGAAGCCUUCAAAGGUUUCAUGAAAACAUACAGAUUUAGGAAUACAGACUUAGAAUACGAAUACAAUAUUAUUUCCGUUCGAGAUUUUUUUAAUAGAUUUAAGUUUAAAAUUAAUCAGAUUCUUUUUCACAAUGUUUCAGUUUAUAAUAACAUUAAGUUUCAAAUAACGCUUUUGUGUAAAUUUAAACGUAUGCAUCCAAGCGUGGAUGAAAGAGAGGUAGAAUUUAUGGAAACAACGGAACAAUAUUUUAAUUCCUCUUUAAAAAUUCUCCUUAGCCCCCUCUACAUUAAUCGCAUUUUUGGUGACAUGGUUAAUGAAAUUGAUAACAAUGUAGAAAUUUUCGAACGAAAUGGUAGCGGUUGGAUAUUAGAUGAAGUGAAAGGCUGUGAUAUAAGAACAGCUCAGUUUGAAAUACUAAAGGGUGGAUGUUCUUGCGUCAUUCCCAGCCAUCUGAAAAACAAAAAUGCAAUUGUGAAUCCCAAUAAUCAGGGAAAGGAUUGCUUUGUUUCAGCUUUUCUAAUCUGCAUGCACGGAAAUUCUAUUGAUAACAGGCAUCGAGGAAGAAUAUCUCAAUAUGAAGGUUCUAAAACUCACUACGAUUUCUCUUCGUUAAAGUUUCCAACUUCGUUGAAAGAUAUUAUAAUAUUCGAAAAACGACACCAACAUAUUAAAAUUGGUAUAAAUGUGUUUGGUAUUGAUCAAGAUGAUCAGCUUAACGUUUUACGAUUAACACCUCAUGCAAAUAGCAGAGUGCAUAAAAUCAUCAAUAUUCUAUACAUUCAGGAUGAAUUUAAGAAACAUGGACAUUACAUGUCCAUCCUUAAUUUUUCUCGCUUGAUUAAUAAACAGGGACAUCAUCGAAAAUUUGCUUGCUAUAAUUGCUUGAAUACUUUCGGAGAUGAAAAGCGUCUAGAUUCACAUCAGCAGUUGUGUUUUGAGUUUAGAACUCAAAAAAUUUCUGUUCCAUCAGUCGUUGAUGGAAAAAUUCCAUUUUGCUCUUUCGAUAGUAGAAAACUUAGUAAUAAACUAAAGUGUAACUAUGUGAUGUAUGCAGAUUUUGAGGCGAUACUUACAGAUGAUAAUACAAGUACAACCUCCCUAGAAAAACACGAAAUUUCAGGAUAUAACCUUGCAGUGAUUGGGCCAAAUAAGAAAUUGGUUCAUUUAUCGGAAUAUCGUGGUCUAAAUAGCUUUGACAAGUUUUUAGAUGAAGUGAAUCUACAAGCUAGCUUUUGCAUACAAAGGAACAAAUUCCAUAUUACUAUGAAACCACUUUCUCCAGAGGAAGAAUAUGACUUUUCUAUAGCUGAAUCCUGCCACAUUUGUGAGCGUGAUUUUGAUCAUCAGUCAGCAAUAGUUAGAGAUCAUGAUCACAACACUGGAUUAUUUAGAGGAGCUGCUCAUAGAGAAUGUAAUGCUUCGUAUGUUCAAAAAGUCAAAAUUCCAGUACUUAUGCAUAAUUUUAGAAAUUAUGACUCUCAUCUCAUGUUAAGUUCAGCAACAAAAUUUGGUAUUGCGAAUACUAUAGCUAUCCCUCAAAACUCUGAAAAAUUUAUAGGCAUUAUUUGCGAGAAAUUCAUCUUCAUAGAUUCAUUCAUGCAUCUGUCAAAAUCUUUGGAUACUCUUGUCACAAACCUCCAUUCAAAACCCGAAGGCUUUGACGACAAAUUCGGUAUAAUGAUACAACAUUUUUCAAAAGAACAGGCUGUAAAACUCUCAAGAAAGGGUGUCUAUCCAUACUCCUAUAUGAGUUCUUGGGAUAAAUUUAAGGAAACUUCAUUUCCAGAUAUUUCGGAGUUUUAUAACACUCUCACUUGUGAAGGAAUUUCACAAGAAGAUUAUGAUUUUGGUAAGUCAGUGUUUGAAACCGAGUGCACUGACCUGGGUUCGUAUCACGACAUAUAUUUAACAUCAGAUGUACUUCUCUUGGCAUGCGUUUUUGAAAGCUACAGGGAUAUGGCAAUUUCUAACUUUAAGCUGGAACCUUGUCACUAUUUUAGUCUCCCAGGCUUUAGCUGGGAUGCUGCUCUUCUAAGAACAAAAGUUAAGCUAGAGCUUGUUACUGAUCAAGACAUGUACAAUACUAUAGAGUCAGGGAUUAGAGGAGGAGUGUCUAUGAUAUCUCAUAGAUAUUCUGAAGCUUACAAUAAGUAUAUGGAAAAUUAUGAAGAAGGAGUCAAGGAAGACUCUUUUCUUCUUUAUAUCGACAAAAACAACUUGUACGGUGAGGCUCUUCAACAGCCUUUGCCUGUCUCUGAUUUUCAAUGGGAAAGUCAAGAGUUCAUAGAUAAUUUAAAUAUAGCUGAUAUUUGGGCAUGGGGUAAUGAGGAUGAAAUCGGUAGGAUUUUGGUUGUUAAUUUAGAGUAUCCCCCUGAGCUCCAUCUAUUGAGUGAGCACAACGAAUAUCCAUUGGCACCUGAGAAAAUUGCAAUUUCGAUGGAUCAACUCUCGAAGCAUCAAAGGGAGCUUUUGACUUCAUAUAACAAAAAAUAUUCAGAAAAGCAGAAAAAAUUAGUUCCUCAUUUAGGAUCUAGAAAAAUGUAUCCCGUACAUUAUAGAAAUCUCAAAUAUUAUUUGGAGAAGGGAAUGGUAUUAACAAAGAUUCACAAAAUAAUUAAAUUUGUUCAAAGACCCUGGCUUAAAGACUUUGUAAACCUUUGUUGUGAUUUACGACGACAAUCUACAAACAAAUCAGAGCAAGACUUUUUCAAGCUGAUAGUUAAUGCAAUUUUUGGACGUAGCAUGAUGAAUGUUAGGAAUCAACAAAAUGUAUACAUAGUUAAUAGUAUUGAAAGGGCAAAAUUUUUUACCAGGCUUUCAAACUUCAGAAAAUUUGAAAUUAUUUCUCCAAACUUGGUUCUUUUUUUCAUGAAUAAACCUAGUAUUGUAUUGGAUAAGCCAAUAUAUACAGCGUUUACGGUUUUAGAUCUCAGCAAGUUGUUUAUGCAAGUCUGGCAUUAUGACAAGAUCAAAAAAUGGUAUGGAAUUAAAGCUAGGUUCCUUUUUACCGAUACGGACAGCUUAGCUUAUCUAAUUAAAACUGCAGAUCUUUAUGCUGAUUUAGAACUGGUGAAAAAAGAUUUUGAUUUUAGUGAUUUUGACCCCAGCCAUCACCUUUAUUCUACAGAAAAUAAGAAAGUGAUUGGAAAAAUGAAGGACGAGAGUAACGGAAAAAUCAUGUAUAGUUUUGUUGGUGUUUCUCCAAAGAUGUAUUCUUUUGCGGGGAAGAAUAUCCAUAAGAUUGCUAUGAAAGGUGUCAAACAAUCUUUGGUACGAAAAUUCGUAACUCACAAAAUCUUUAUGGAGACUUUGUUUGAGCAAACCAAGUAUAUGUGCAGAAUGAAUUUGAUUCGAUCAAAAAAGCAUAAACUAACAACUGCAAAUUAUACAAAAGUAGCUUUGCAUAGCUUUGAUUCCAAAAGGUUUAUUUUACCGGACGGAAUUAGUACACUUGCCCACAAUCAUUUUUUAAUUCCUGUAUACAACAAGUAAAAUUAGUAAUUAACAAGUACCAAUUAUUUAUUUAGUGAAAUAUUGUACAGAUUAAACAAAACAACAAAAUGAUUAAAAUUACAAAGAUAUAAAUAAUAAAAUAAAAUAUGUGCAAUUUAAGGUUUGAAAACUUUUGUUAUCCCCUUAAUUUGACAUCUACAAAUAGGACAUAGGUCUUGGGUAGUAGAGCAUGGCAAGCAGGAACAAAUGUGACAACAUGGAGUAAACAGGUAAUUAGCUUCUUCGACUUUACACACCGAACACAGAAAUGUUUCCAUCAGGCUAUGAAGGAGUGUGAGAGUAGCUUUUU